GGGAACUCGUACUGCUAUGGCAGCUGGAGACGAAAACGCUAAUCCUGAUUCCGCUAGAGUUUGGGACAGAAACAGUCUCGCAAAUGAUUCGUUUCAAGACAGUUUCCAAACAAGGGUGUUUAAAAUAAUUGUCAUCGGGGAUUCGAAUGUUGGAAAAACGUGUUUAACCUACAGGUUCUGUGAAGCUAAGUUUCUUAAAAACCCAGAAGCCACAAUUGGAGUUGAUUUCAGAGAAAAGACCCUGGAGCUGAAUGGAGAAAAUAUCAAGUUGCAGAUUUGGGACACAGCAGGACAGGAGCGAUUCAGAAAGAGUAUGGUGGAUCAUUACUACCGCAGCGUUCACGCUGUGAUCUUUGUUUAUGAUGUAAGCAACCUGGCAUCCUUCGAAAGUCUGCCCGAGUGGAUUGAGGAGUGUAGGCGGCACUCAGUUCCUCUGAACGUGCCCCACAUCUUAGUGGGGAACAAAAGUGACUUAGGAAGAGGAGAGGUUCCCACCUCACUGGCUCAGCGGCUAGCUGAUAGCUAUAAUUUCCCCCUCUUUGAGACAUCUGCCAAGGACCCUGCUGAGAAGGAGCAUGUGGACGCCAUUUUCCUCACCCUGGCCCACAAGCUGAAGAAUCACAAGCCUCUGAGGCUGAAACAACUAAGUGGAAGCAUUGCAACACCUCUAACCAGUGAGCAGGAAGAGAAGAAGCUCUGUUACUGCUGAAAGACUGUGGCCUUGUAUAGCCCAGUUCAAAUGAUGAUGAUAUGGAAAGAUGGUCAUGCUAGAUUUUGAAAGUUUUGCUGUUCUUGAAUGGAACGGAAAGGGCAUACGUUAUUAACUAUGUGUAAUUAUCAAAGAAAAGCCAGUAUUAAUGCUUACCAAUAAAUCAGUACAGUGAUUAAGAGGAACAACAUGGCAGUAUUAAUGCAGCAAACAAUUGCAAAAGAAAAUGAUCAAAUUCUUACAUUUCAGUUAUAUUUAAAAUGCCUAAUUAGCAUGAAGAAAACAUACUGUCAAGCAUAUUUGAGUUGCUCUGUGUGUGAAAAUAUUGUAUUUGUGCUCAUGUUGUUUGUUACUUAAUGUUGUGAAAAUUGAUCUGAGCCAUAAUUCAGCAAUUUUAAAGUGAUAUUUCAGGAGAUCGAAAGGGAACCAGCUGAGUGUGUUAAUUAUUUGUUGAUUAAACACUAGAUAUUACAGAUAUUUGAACACUUCAUAAUUCAUAAUCACUAUUUUACAUGAAUGAGCUGCAUCUGUUCAAUGGUACUUAAGAAAAUAUGCUCUGAUUAUCUUGCAUGAUUGAAAACAUGCUAACUAUGGAUUUGUGAUUAAUUACACUAUUUCAUAGAGUUAAACUGAUGUCAGACAACACUAAAUAGUGAAAUUUAGCAGCUUGAUCACAGUUGUAUCAGUGAAUAAUACCAUCUUGCUGGUUUUAUGGUUUAGAAUGAAGAAUGCCAUUAAAGUAUUCUCAAAGCUUGCUCUUUACAUGGAUUAUACUCACAGCGCAGCCUGAUUAAUGAACUAAUCCCACCCACCAAGCGAAUUAAAAAACCGCCUUAUAGAAUUGUAAGAUUAAAAAAGAGCUAGUUUCUGUUCCACUAGGGGCAAAAAUGAGCAAUAACCUCAGAGACAAAAGGUACUGUCUUCCCAGAUUUUUUUUCCCCCACAUUUGUUCUGAGCUGUGUGAACCAAAAUUCAUUCAUUCUUUAAUUCAUUCUUUAAAAGUCCAUCUUGACCAAUUUUUACCUUCUCACCCUAAUCCUGAACAGCUGAUAAGAAAUAAUCUGCCCACCAGAGGGAACUGUUUUUGUGUUAUAGGCUUGUAAUUGGUUGUGUUUGAAGAAUGUGAUGUUUUUGUGAAUUGUUAUUGAUUGUUCAACUGAGAGAUAUAAGGCACUUUGGAUGCAAAUAUGAACCUUAAAGGCAGCACGAUUGGAUCUGAACGUUAAGGUUUGUAAUGUGACUGCACCUAGUAAUUUCCUAAAAUGAUACCUCUGUUGCUGCUGAUGUGAUUUCAUGUAACUACACAACAAACUUGUUUAAAUCAUUUAUUUAAAUGGAUAUAAAAUCAUUAGCACAAGGUCUCCUAGUUCAUGUGAACACAUGGUGUUAUUUGAGAAAAAUACAUGAUUCUGAAUCCGAGUGUGAAAGCUUCUGUAAUUCAAUGAAAAUAAUCAGUUUUUGUCAUUUUAGUGUUUUUAGUAAUUUAAACAAAAUGCUCUUUUUUGUAUAACCCAUGUUUUUUUUUGUCAUGAUUUAUGCAAUAAAACAGUCUUAAAUGCCUUAGUGAAUACAUAAAAUAAAAUAAA